CAGCUACUUCCGGUCAGCGCUCUUGCUGAGGGGAGGGGAGGCUAGUGGCGCAGCUUCCGCUAUGCACCCCGCCCCCUCCCUCCUCCCGGCCCCGUUUCCGGUCUUGCUCAGGGGGGCGGGGGAGGGGUGACGGUCAGAGUCGAGUGGCUGCGCACGGGCCUGCAGUGACCCGCUCCCCUCGCUCCGGAGGAGGUUCUAUUGAUCUCUGAAGGUUGGGGCUUGAGCCCUGCUGGAUAGAAAAGCUGUCUUUUCACAGCCAUGCUAACUGCGGGAUGAAGCUGGAGGCUGUUGUUGAGCAGCUGCAGAAGCAGCAGCAGCAACAGCAGCAAGGUCCUCUGCAGAUGGAUUCCAGAGAGAGACAGCAGAGGCAGAUGAGAGAAGCCCAGCAGCUUUAUACUCAGCAGCUGGCAGCACAGCAGGCUGUUCUAGCAGCCACAUCUGGCAGGGCUUCGGGCAGCACAGCACUUGGUCCUUUGGCCAAACUCCCACCUGUAGUUGGGGCCACCCGAGCUUUUGAUCAGAGCAGUGUGACCUCAGAGCCGGAGGAGGAGGAGGAGGAAGAGGAUGAAGAGGAAGAGGGUUUGGAAGAUGGAGAUCUUGAGGAGGACACUGAAAUGACUGGGAAAGAUGCCUGUUCUACUUUGAAGUAUUUUCAUUCUCAGAAAGUUGCCCAUCACAACCAAAGAGUGGUGUCUACUCUUCCAGCCCCAGGACUUCAGCGGGGACAGCAGGGAAAGGAGGAACAGGGUAAAGACACUACUAAACAAUCGUAUUCUGGUUCCCCAUCUGGGCGGCAGACCUGGAGAAUGGAUGAGCAGCUCAAGCAGAAUGGAAGUCUGACUUGGAGCGAAGAAGCUGACGGAGGCCGAGGAAGAGAAAUCUCUCGAGAUUUUGCCAAGCUGUACGAACUGGAUAGUGACCCUGAACGGAAGGAGUUCCUGGAUGACCUCUUCAUCUUUAUGCAAAAGAGGGGAACUCCCAUCAAUCGGAUCCCCAUCAUGGCGAAGCAGAUCCUGGAUCUCUAUAUGCUCUACAAACUGGUGACUGAGAAAGGGGGGCUGGUGGAAAUCAUAAACAAGAAGAUAUGGCGGGAGAUCACCAAAGGCCUUAACCUGCCCACCUCCAUCACCAGUGCAGCGUUUACACUUCGGACCCAGUAUAUGAAGUACUUAUAUGCCUACGAAUGUGAGAAGAAGUCCCUUAGCUCUCCUGCUGAGCUGCAGGCUGCGAUCGAUGGCAACAGGCGGGAAGGCAGACGGCCCAGCUACAGCUCCUCCUUGUUCAGUUAUUCACCCACCACCACAGGGCCUCCUUCCCUCCUGUCUCCUCCAAAGAUCCGCUUCCCGAUCAUCGGCCUGACCCCAGGCAGUGGAACCAGCAACUCCCGUCUCUCUCCAGCGGCAGCUCUCAGGAAAGGCGAUGGCAUCCCUCUGACUGUGUCCAUGCCAAAUCGCAUUGCCAUGCCAGUGACCUUGGCUAACCAGCAGGCAACUGUAGCAGCAAGGACGGCCACUUUGGAACAGCUGCGGGAAAGGCUGGAGGCUGGAGAGCCGCCGGAGAAGAAACUCUCACGGAUGACAGAGGAGGAGCAGCGGCUUGUCCAGCAGGCACUUCAGCGCAACCUGUUCAGUGUGGCACGGCAGAUCCCCAUGAAGAUCAAAAUCAAUGGCAGGGAAGAUAAACCAGAUGCCGCGGCGGCGGCGGCGGCAUUGCAUUUGUCACCCAGCGGCAUUGGGAGUAUUAACAUGUCUGUGGAGAUUAACGGCACAAUCUAUGCUGGAGUUCUGUUUGCCCAGAAGCCCGUCGUCCAUCUAAUUGCAGGAUCCAGCACUCAAAGCACCUGCAGUAGCAGCAGCAGCUCCCACUGCUCUCCUAGCCCAACCUCGUCCAGGGGCACCCCCAGCGCAGAGCCCUCAACCAGCUGGUCUCUCUGAUGGAUGGGGGAGCGGGCUGUCUCUCUCAUUAGCCUCAGGCAGCUUUGCCCUCUCCGUUCAAGGCAGAGAGCGAGCCAGGAAGGAGUCGCACAGAUUACCUCAUCUCAAGGAACCUGCUCUGCGGUUGGUCAAUGGCCAGACGAUGAAACCUUCUGUGCUGGCGAGUUUGCAUUGCCUGUUUGUCCAGCUUUUUUGAUUAUUUUUUCAGGUUUGACUGUGUUCCUGCUGGGGGGUUGGGGCGAAGGGAAGGGGGCAUGCGGCAUUUUUCCAUCAGGGAUUGUCUCUAGGGGCUGUGGGUUUGCAGAUGACUGAGACAUCAUCAUGGCAGGCGGAAGGAGCAAGGAGGUAGUAGUUGGGGUGAGGGAAGGGUUCCUGUUCUCUAAUCAACAGCUGCGUGGACUUCCCUAAUAUAACAUAGUGUAUUGACAAUCCUACACCCAGAGCAACUUUGGUCUCUUUUCACCUUGUAUUUGUUCCCUCUUGCGGUCGCUUGCAGAGGAGUUGUGCAGGUUGAUAGCGAGCAAGUCUCAUCUAGUCGUCCAUUCUGUCUCCACUGUGUUCAGCCUCCUGAUGCUGUCUCCUGUGUGUUAGACUAGGCUGAAGGGCAAAUGGUCACUAAUGCUGGAUUCACAGGAGACUUGCAUGACUUCUUCCUCCUUUGGCAUCUACCUCUCUAGGGUCCUGGCAGCACAUGGAGGACUCUCCCACCUCUGUAUCUGAUACACCGAGAUGGAUACGGUCUUUAGUCCAGCUAGUCAUCUCCCAUGGCCAGUGCAAACCUGGACCCUACUGUUUUUUCCAGGCCUUUGCCCCGCCUAGUUUUAAAUGCCCCACCAAUGGCCCUUGCACUGCUUCCCUUGCGGGAGCAUUGGACAGGCUAAAUAAACUCACCACUGCAGCCUUUAUCUUGAUAGUCAUCCUGACUUUUCUGUUGCUUGAUGUCAUCCCUUUGCUCCUAGUUCUAGCCCCUUGGCCCUUGAUAGAACUGGGUUUGCACCAAAUGGUGAUUUCGUGCAGCGCUUCCUCUCCUGUGUGUUUCAUUAGCCUCUCCAUCCUGUCCCCACACAGACACAUCAGCUGCGGGCCACUGUCACCCAAAGGAGAUACGAGGUGAUGCUGGCAAUCUGCUGAGCUGUGUGUUUGUGUCUAUUCAUGUACUACACACUUUUUUCAGUUGGGCUCUUGCCAGGUAUCUUGCAGCAUACUCCAAAUCACAGCCAUCAUUCACAAGGCUCACCUGGGCUAAAGGGACAGAAGAGCUGGACCUGGGACAGCUCCACAUGGGUGCAUCCCAGUUGAAUGAGGACAUGGGCCUCUGGUUGCGGAGAGAGGGAGGAAAAUCUCCACCCAUUCCCAGUAAAUUCCCGAUGUGGGGAGCUAGGGCUGCUUUAGUCCAUCAUUCCUCCUUUGUCAGCCAAGUUAGUUCCUUGGCUCACUUCCAUUGACCCAGCUCCUUGCUGUUGCACUCCCCGCACGCAGGCACCCAUGCUGUCCUCUCCCCUCCCGCAGCACAUAGGACAGGUUCUUCCCUGCCCUGGUGACGUUCUCACAGUCUGUGGAUCUGAGCCUUCCCGCCCCCGCCCUGGUGAUGUCUCUUCCAUCAUGCAGGCCUGAGUCAGGUUCUUUUGAGCAGAUGAAAUACCUCAGAUAUGGACUUGUUAUUGUGUUACCUCUUCAGGAAGUAUUGGCAUAUCUUAAAGCUUGUUUUUAUAUGUG